AUGGACCCAGACUACAAAUCUCGUAAGGAGGCAUUCGUGUCCAACCUGGCCGGAGGGAGCAUUCUGGAGAUCAAUGCAGUGACCCUCGUUGCUCCUGCCUCCGUCUUCCUCUGGUCGGUGCUACAAUCCCGACUCUCUUUCUUUACACCUUACGGUCCCUCCGCUCUCAUCGCCGACUUCUUGCUUAACGUAUUGGCCAUUUUGUUCGCCACGACCUUCUAUUCUUCCGCUCCAUGGCUCCUGAAUAUUCUCCUGGUAUCUCCGGCUAUUCUAGUCAUACUGAACUCACGGCCUCGUCGGACACAAACAAAGGCAAAGCCACCGCAGACCGCAGCCUCGCAACAUGAGACAAGAGCGUUACCCACCCACCCUUUCCUCACCACCUACCGAGCAGCAAUGAUGAUUAUCACCUGCAUCGCUAUAUUAGCGGUUGACUUUCGUGUCUUUCCUCGCCGCUUCGCCAAAGCAGAGAACUGGGGUACCUCGUUGAUGGAUCUGGGUGUCGGUUCUUUCGUGUUCUCGGGAGGGGUGGUAUCCGCGCGCUCUGUGCUCAAGAGCCAGGAGGCCGGCGCAUCGCCGAAGAAAACAUUUACACAGCGAUUUGCCUCGUCAAUACGCCACUCGGUCCCGCUUAUCGUUUUGGGACUGGUCCGUCUUUAUAGCGUGAAGAAUUUGGACUACGCCGAACAUGUCACCGAAUACGGCGUGCAUUGGAAUUUCUUCUUCACAUUGGGAUUCUUACCCCCAUUUGUGGAGAUCUUCGAGGGCUUGGCCACACUCAUUCCAUCGUAUGAGGUUCUCUCGCUUGGGGUUGCUGUGCUUUACCAAGUGGCGCUUGAAUCGACCGACCUGAAGGGUUAUAUCCUUGUCUCCCCUCGAGGGUCUGAUUUGCUGUCGAAGAACCGUGAAGGAGUCUUCUCCUUCCUGGGGUACUUGGCCAUCUUUCUUGCGGGACGUGCUACCGGGAUUCGAAUCAUCCCAAGCGGGAUAUCUCCUUCAACGACUCCGCAACAAGCCCGGAAGCGCGUGCUUAUUAGUGUAGGGCUACAAGCACUAGGCUGCGUAGCGUUGUUUGCGCUGAACUCGACCUAUUUCCUAGGGUAUGGAGCCAACAUCCCCGUCUCCCGGCGUCUCGCCAAUAUGCCGUACGUCCUGUGGGUUGCAGCUUUCAACAACGCCCAGCUAUUUCUUUUCUGCCUCAUUGAAACUGUGUUUUUCCCUUCGGCCCACCGAGCGUUGGCAUCGGGAAGGAAUGAGGGAGUGGAACAGACAGCUUUCGCGACGAGCCCAAUCAUGAAGGCCUUUAAUCGCGGAGGACUAGCUGUUUUCUUGAUUGCCAACCUCCUUACUGGCGCGGUCAAUCUGACUGUCCCGACACUCGAUGUGAGUAAUUCUCAAGCCAUGAUCAUCUUGAUCGGGUAUGCCGCCGUAAUUACAGGGGUCGCUCUGGGACUCGACAAGGCAAAUAUCAAGAUAUCGCUUUGA